GAACUAGCUGCACCAGUGCGCGCCGACUUAUAUCUCUUUUUGACAACUGCCGAUCAGUGUGUCCCAUGAAUUCAACUAGUGAACACAUCGAAUACAGUUUCAUUUUACAAAUUAUUCAAAUAUUUUCGUUUUUCAAAUUAGUUUUAUUAUAGUUUUUUUUUCAUGAACAUUUCUUAAAAUUUUAAUUGUAUAUAUCAGCAACUCUUCGAUUUGUUGAAAUAGGUCCGUGGCGAAUUACCGCCCAUCAAGUAAUUUGAUAUUUGAAUGUUUGAAUAAGAAGUGUGCGCUGGUGACAAGUUACAUAGCUGAGUGCGUUAAUUCCAAUUGGUAGAACUCGUAACGAGUGUUUGAUUUUGUUGGGAAAUAUGAGCGAACAAAAUGCGAUUGUCUAUGUUAAACGAGAUGCUGAUGAGGGAACACCUGUGAAUCCGCCAAUGUUGUGGAUGUUAAUUGAAUAUCGAACGCGCAACAAAGUCACAAAUUACGAAGUUGUGGCAGCGAAAGAUGUGUGCGGUGGCGGUGGCAGCCGGGCAAAUUCGGGCUUAGAAUCCAUGCAUACGGGCAAAUUGAUUUAUGUGAAAAAAGACACCGGUCUUGUGCAGGCAACCAUUGUUACCAUAUCAGACGAUAAACAAUUUCUCAACAACGAACUCAAGGAUUUGGUGGAAAUGCAAAAAGAAGAGUACGAGAUACACAGCAAUAAAAAGCGAAAGCGUGUGUCGGUAGCAAAACUAGAUAGCGUGGCCACAUCGUCGGCGGCAACACAAUACACGCGAUGGAAUAGCGGUGCACAUGACACGGGCACAACAACCCAAAAUGGUGGCGGUGGUGCGAUGAACAAGCAAUCGGUUAUCAAAUCGAAUCCGAAUGUUCAAAAUUACCCACCAAUGACAUUUGACCAGCAAACGCAAACGGAUUUCAAGGCCACGGCCGAUUUUAGCAACAAUGAAAUGCGUUUCAGCAAAAUUUUGGCCACCGAAGAGGAUAUUUUACGUGAUGUACACAGUAUGACGGAGGAGAAUCACGAUAUCAAGCAACAAGUGGCCGAUUUACGCGUUGAAGUGGCCGAAAUCAAGACGCUGCUGAAAGAUAUUUCGGAAAAAUUAACACACCAAAAUGAUGGUGUCCACAGCACGAGCACUGACUUCAAUCGCACCAGUUCAAUACUAAAUUCUACGCAAACGUCGUCAACGUCGGUGCUCGCCCGAACGCCACACGUUAUACCGCCGAGAAUCUUAAAUUUAAGCCAUCAAUCGAAUUAUACGCCUCACACACUGAACUAUAAUUCAAUCAGCAUCGAACCGGUCAUUGAGGCGAGCAACGACAGCAAUUUCUCGUACUCGAACCACAGCCGCAUGUCAUUGAGUGCAUCAAAUCAAUCGAUCUAUCAAGCGGACACAAAUCACAAUGAAUCGGCGCAUUUAUCGGCCAUGAAGCUUGAUUACAGCAGCAACAAUAGCAAAAAUGCCGAUAGUUUUGCCGAUGACGAAGGUGAUCCAAAUGAAGAGGUUGUGAUCGGACCAAACCAUACAACUGUCACACGCAAUGUGCUAACAAACAUUAAUUGGAAUUCACAUACAGCCGCCACGCGACGUUUGUUGCGUGCCAAAUUCAGCCGAGAAGUAUUGGCAACACAUUCGCUAACGGGAAAACCGUCACCUGCGUUCAUCGAAUCGAGCAAACCGACGAAAAACCAACUCAACCCCAAAAUCAUUGCCGACAUUGUUCAAUAUGUGGCAAAACGGUGCAAGGUCACGGAUACCGCUGUCAGAAGCUCCAUCACGACCAAAUGUGCCGACGAGAAUAAAAUGAUGCGCCAACGCAACGACAAAAACCGUAAAUCGCUCGUGAAAAUUGAAAACAAAGAAAACGUAGAGAACUGAAUACCAAAACCAUUUGCUAAUCGUUAUCAAUUAAAAUAGAUAUUAUGUGUAUCGAGCGUAUCGAUAUAAUUGCACGAUUGUAUAUCCAAUAAGAGCAGUAAUUUUUUUUUAUGGUGCACUACAUUUCCGUAUAGAGCGCAACAUUGAAACGCUUCUCUCUAGACCUAUUACUUUUAUACACAGUUUUAAUACAGUAUUAGAAAGGGACAUUUGUGAUUAUGGCUAUAAUAUUUUUUUUUUAAAUGAAAAUGUAUAUCCCGGUUGGAGCCUUGGAUUUAUUACUGUACAAUUUGAAGUGAAACCUAGGAAAAGCAAAAUGAAACGAAAAUAGAAAAAUCAAAAAAAUGAAAUAAAGGCAAAAUUGUAGAAUUAUUGAAAUAAUCAUACGUUAUAAAAUGGACAAA